AAUCUCGCCGCCCUCCUCAAGCCCCUCAGAUUAACCGCCAUGGUCAAGGUCCUCAUUGUCAAGAAGCGCACGAAGCCUUUCAAGCGCCACCAGUCGGACCGUUACAAGAGCGUGAAGGAGGCAUGGCGGAAACCGAAGGGUAUUGACAAUCGGGUACGGCGUCGGUUCAAGGGGCAGCUGCCCAUGCCCAAGAUUGGUUACGGUAGCAACAAGAAGACUCGCCACCUGCUGCCCAACGGCCUGAAGAAGUUCCUGGUCAGCAACGUGCGAGAAGUUGACCUUCUUUUGAUGCACAACAAAAGCUUCGCGGCUGAGAUCGCUCACAACGUCAGUAGCCGUAACCGUACAUCAAUCCUCGAGAGGGCGAAGGCUUUGGGUGUGAAGGUCACGAACCCUGCUGCUCGUCUGCGGUCAGAGGAGUAGUUGGCCGUCGUUCUGCAUUUGUUUCGUUUACUUUUUUGCACGUCUCUCGCCAUGUAAUUUCUCUAUCGUAUUCGACGGCAAUAAGCUGUAUGCUUAGGGCG